CAAGCUCCUUAAAGAAUCUCAAUACCGAAUACCCCGUCCAGAAAAUGAUUAUUUACCAGCACCAUUAAUGCUAUGCCAAAAUUUACGUAGACCGAGGUGGCAUCAUAAAAGGAAAAAACACUCCAAAACUCGAAAUUGAGAGCACCUAUGUAGGAUCUGGGUUAUAACAGAAUCUUCCCUCUUUAAAAACCUCUCCAGUGAAAAAUUGUCAAAUUAUUCUCUACAAUCUCCUCAUCAUCUCCUUGAGGCAAUCUCAAUUCUUUUCUGACAAUUAUUAUUGAGUAGCCCCACAGAUCUCCUCACCUGCUUAUUUUGCAGCUGACUGGGGUACUUGACAAGAUGCCUCAAGGAAGAAUUUCUGCUAACCUUAAUUCACCCACUGUCGGUGUGUUUGUGGAUAUGGGCCAUCCCUUGCUUAAUCGAGCAGUUGAUGGAUUCUUCAAAAUUGGAACUGUGGGUGCUUCACGCGUGGCUGCAGAAGAGGUUUAUAGUGCUUUGAAUAAAGGAAGGGUGACAAAGCAUGACCUGGAGCACACGUUCAAGAAGAUGGGAAAGGAGGGACUACAAUGUGGAGCUGUAGCUGGACUAUACACUGGAUUGGAGUAUGGUGUAGAAAGGGUUCGCGGCAGGCGGGACUGGAAGAAUGCUUUAAUAAGUGGUGCUUUUACUGGAGCAAUCCUUUCUCUUGCUGACAAUAGCAGCAGAGACAAGAUGGUAAGGAAUGCUAUUACAGGGGGUGCCAUAGCCACUGCUUCAGAGUUUAUAAGGUAUCUAACUUAGAGGGAAUAUAUUAACAAAAAAAUACUAGUCACCAGGAAAUUCCAGUAGAGGGACACCUGUUCCUGGACCUACAUUUCAUGGUAUACUGUUAAUAUUUAAUAUAGCGGUGCCUUAAUUCAUUUACUCAUACUCUGAUUGAUAUGGUAUCCCCAUCUUCAUACCAAUACCUUAUGAUUAUUUGGAUAUGAAGGAGAUCAAGUGGAUUGAUUAAGUAAUUUGAUGAGGAAGGGUCCGAAAUAUAAA